UUCUACCGUUUACUCCAACGGCAUGUGGUAACGUCUGGAAAGUCGUAGAUUACUCGUACGCGAGGGGAAAACAACAAAUAAUACACGAACAACACUCUUGUUGCGAUAUCUGAUCACACUUUUGAAAAUUUCUCUAAAAAUUCAAUCGUUUCUCUACCUAAACUCCACGAAGAAGGAGAUCGAUGGCGCUUAAUCCUAAUCUGUAUGGUAACGGGAUGCCCGUAGCGUUCGUCAACGAGAUGUUCGUCUUAAUUAGAGACGGCGUCGAAUUUGAGGUCGACAAGAUCCCCGGGGCACCUGGUGGAAUGGGGAAAGCAAAGGGGAAAAUCUAUUUGUCAAAUGUCCGGAUGGUGUUUGUUGCUGAUAAACCUACAAACAAUUUUAUUGCUUUUGAUAUGCCUCUGCUUUAUGUACAUGGAGAAAAAUUCAACCAACCGAUUUUCCACUGCAACAAUAUAUCGGGACUUGUGGAGCCUGUAGUCCCAGAUGAUCAACAUCGUGCAUUGUACUCCACUCACACUUUCAAGAUUUUAUUCAAGGAAGGAGGUUGUGGGACAUUUGUGCCUUUAUUUUUCAACUUGAUAAAAUCCGUGCGACAAUAUAAUCAACAAUUUGGUGGCCCAACUGAGCCCCGUGCCCCUGAUCCUUUAAGAGCCGCUCAAACUCCUGUUGACGAAAUGAUGAGACACGCAUAUGUUGAUCCGAAUGAUCCGACAAGAAUCUUUCUACAGCAGCCGAACUCAGAAUCACAGCUCAGACGCCGAACAUAUAAUCCUCAGACUGAAUGAAAUAUGGAUUUUAAAAAAUGAAACUCUUUGAAUAUUUUAGUAAUCUUUACUUGUGAAGUUCUUGUGUACAUGAGAUCUCUAGCUCUUUGUGUAUUGAUAUAUUGCACUUUGGUAACUAAAUGGCUUGUACUGUUUCUUUUAAA